UUUUAAACAUUUUAAACACUCAUGAAAUAGUAAGACGAAACAAAAUAUUAAAGAUAUUGAAGAAUAGCGCCAACAUAAUUGACAAAUACAGUUAUUGCAGAAAUGGAUGAAAACAUAGAUAAUAACGUUGCGGUAUUAGCUAUACUCGACAAUCAAUGCGGUGGCACAUUAGAAUCUCCUUUUAAACAAACUGUAAAUAUUACAAAUUAUAGUCAUGCACAUACUAUUAAUCAAGAAGAGACUGAUUCACAUGAAACAAACAAACAAAAUGUUAUUUGGACAAAAAAUGCUACAUUGAUGCUCUUAAAUUUGUAUGAAACCAAAUUAAGUACUUUAGAUAAUCCUAAGAAAAAAUCUAAAAUGUGGUCAACAAUGGCUGAAGAAUUAAAAUCAUUUAACAUUGAGGUAACACCAGACCAAGUUAGAUGGAAAAUAAAUGCUUUAACAAAAAAGUACAAGGAUUGUCUAGAUAAUGGACAAGUCGCGGGAUUUAAAUAUUACAAUGAAAUGCAUCAAAUACUCGGAAAAUACAAUGAAGAUAAUGACACAUAUAGGAUAUCAUCUGGUGUACAAGAACAAAUGAGUAAGGACAGUUUAUUAAGCAGAAAGCUUCCAUAUAAAAAUGGUACAACAUUUAGAAAACUAAAAAUGGAGCGCAGAGCUAAACUUGAACUGGACAAGCAAUGGCUACAAUAUUUAAAAAGGCAAGAGGAACAUAACCAAACAAGAGAUGAGAGAUACGAAAGAUCUUUGCGAUUGAGGGAAGAGGAGAUUGCAUUAAGAAAAAAAGAAUUAGAUAUUAAACAGACUAUAGCCUUGAAAAAGUUACAAUUGAAGGAGAAACAUCAAGAAGAAAUGCUCAAAAUUGAAAGGGAGAAGUGCUUUUUGUUGCGCAAGUUAUUGGGUGAAUGAUCCAGUAAAACAAGGGUCUAUUGAUAGAGAACCCAAAGAGAUUGCAUCAACGAUAGUGCGUAAAGAUUCUAGAUCUAAUGUGAUAAAACUUAAACUGAGUUUUGUUUAAUUAUAAACAGACAAAAAUGAUGGAAUAAUAAUAACAAGUUUGCAGAACUUGACAAAUGAAAAAUCAUGAAUCCUAUCAAAGGAAGGGUUUCAAAUAAAACGCAAAGAAGUAAAUAAAUUAAAUGAAGAUUAUAA